AUGUUCAAUCCAGGAAACAUUAGUAAAUUUUUUCACUUAUUCCAAACAAGUCGGAUGGGAAAAAUCGGUGAAAAACUCACUGCACUAAGAGGACAAGGAGAAGCUGGCGGAUUGGUUCGUGUGGUCAUGACUGGACACGGAAAAAUUGAAAAAUUGGAGCUUGAUGAUAAAUUAUCGGGAAAGAGUUUGGAGACUAUUGAAGAUCUUGUAGUGAGUGCAUGUAAUUUAGCUAAAGAGGAUUUGGAGAGAAAAACAACUGAGGAGCUGAUGAAAUUGAGAUCGGAUCCAGAGCUUCUCGCUCUCUUCUCUCAAAUGUUUAAGAAGCCUGGCGAAAAUUAUUAA